GUUCGUGCUGCCCCGUAACAUAAAAGCACACGGCGAAACAUUUCCCGCGCUGUGCAGCUUUGUCCCCGAGUUCAGUAGAGCAACAGCCAAGAGACUGUGAACAUGGCAGCAAUACUGGAUGUCCCCAAAACGAGAAUAAACUGCUCUAUGCUGUCGCAGCACAUCAACAAACCGGUGUGCUUCGUCGGGCGCGUUGAAAAGGUUCACCCGACAGGGAAGACGUUCACGUUGUCGGAUGGCGAAGGCAAGAUUGCAACAGUUGAACUCAACGAUCCCCUGGAAGAGGAGAUGAGCGGCGUGGUGGAGGUGAUCGGUAUGGUGUCCAACAAAGGAGGAAUAAUGGCCACAACAUACAACAUGCUACGAGAGGAAAAAGGCAUCUCCUUUGAUCUGGAGCUCUACAACGAAGCCCUGAAGGUCGUCCACGAUUUCCCCCAGCACUACCCAUUCGAAGUGGCUUCAAGUGGAUGAGCACGCACGUUUGAAGAUUUGUUCACUCUAUGUUGUUUUUUGUGCCUGGUUUCUGUCGAAAGAAAAACAUUUUCUCAAAGUUCCAAUGUCAAGUAAGUUUUUGCAAAAAAAAAUUAAAACCCUGUAAGAAGUG